CCCGCCCCUCACGUGACGUACGUGCGUGCGUGGCGCAGACCGCUUCCUUCAGCGCGUGGCGCCCCCCGGCGGCGGCGCUCCUCCAAUGCGACGGCCUGACUCUUAACAUCCAACAUGGAGUCGCAGGAAGAGGCGCCAAUGCUCGGCGAGUCUGUGCCUCGGCCUCCUGGGGCCUUGAGGUCGCCGACGCCGGACGGCAGCGCCCCGCUGGCGGCGGCUCCCGCAGGCGCCGAGGGGGACAGCGCGGGCGCCGACGGGCUGUGGGGACUGCCGGUGGAGCACGCCGAGCGUAGGCCCGAGUGCAGCCGCUGCCGCCGGCCCCAGAAAGUGUGCUUGUGUCCAUAUCUACCAGUGCACCCACUCCAAAUCUCUACCCGUUUGUACAUCAUUCAGCAUCCAGCAGAGGAAAGCAAAGUGUUGCGCACAGUCCCUCUGCUAGCGGCAUGCCUUCCCCCUGACAAGUGCACUGUAAAGAUCGGCCGCCGCUUCAGUGAAGAGCGAGAUAUUGAACUUUCAACUGUUUGCCGGGACUCUGGUACAUUAAUAUUAUAUCCAGGGGCUGAAGCUACUAAUUUGGAAGAAUUUAUAUUAGAUUCUCCUGUCUAUCCUUCCACAAUCAUCCUCAUUGAUGGUACAUGGAGCCAGGCUAAGGACAUUUUCUAUAAGAAUUCCUUGUUCCGACUUCCCAAACAGGUGCAGUUAAAAACCAGCAUUUGUAGUCAGUAUGUAAUUCGGAUGCAACCCACUAGCAGGUGCCUUUCUACCCUAGAAUGUGCUGCUGCUGCUCUUUCCAUCUUGGAGAAAAAUAACUAUAUACAAGAGACUUUGCUUCGCCCUCUUCAAGCGUUAUGUUCUUUCCAGCUUCAGCACGGUGCUCAGAUUCGCCUCAGCAAGGAAUAUCUUCUGAAAAACGGAUUAUAUCCUAAGCCAAUGCCAAAGAACAAACGCAAACUCAGGAAGAUGGAGCUGUUGAUGAACAGUGUUAAAAUUUAGCCCAGUGUCCCCGUGGUGCUCCUUCACCUGUCUUUAGCUGACAAGACUUUGUAAAUAUUCCCCCAGUUUAGGCUUGAGGGCUUUGACUCCGAAGAAGGAAUGCUGGCAGGCACUUGUGCAGAAAGAGUUGGUCUGCUAAACAGCAUCAUGCAGCACACUUCCACCCACUCUGAAAAGCAGUCUUUUGUUUUGUUUUGUUUCUUGUUUUUUUGGGCCAGGU